UGUAUGUAACAUAUCUAUGUAAUUAUAUAUGCUGCAUGUAAGUAAAAAUCAUACAACCUCACAUACAUUCAUCCAUCCCCAUAUUCUGCUCAUACGCAUGUACUUAUGUUUGCAUACUCGUAUAAAGGUAUUUAUGUAUGCCACUCAUUGCUGCUACUGCAUCACGCUUUUGCCGCUGAACUGCGCAUACGCAACACAUGACAAACGUCAAGGAAACGGGCUGGCCUUAGUCCCCCUUUUCUUUUGUUUGCUUUGCCGUUUCUGCAGCUACUCUGUGCCUUGUACGCUUCGCCCUCUGGCUGGCGACUCUGGUCCUAAAAAUCAAAGAAAAACACCAAUUGCUGCACAGUAGCAGUUUCAUGUUAAUGCGCUCUGAUAUUGCAGCGAAAUGCUUACAACAAGGCAUCAGGCUCAGCAUUUCAAUUCGCAAGCACAUACAACGUCUUCCAAUUGGGACAAGUCGACAUGAGCAAUAAUUGAGACUUUCGCAGAUUUGAAAAAUCGGCGGCCAGAAGAGGUCGCUGAAAAAUACCACUAUUGUGUCCUUUGCCUUGCUGAAAAACUGAAAAUUAUCGCUUUGCCCUUUUCGAAGAGAUUUUUAGAUCGCUCAUGCCACAUGCUCAGGUUAAAAGAGAAUCCAGCUUCCAGCACUAGCAGUCCGCUUAGCAAGUACCGUGUUUGAAAGAUCAUGUUCAAAAGCAAGCUUCUGUUAUGGAGAGAAGGAAAUACUGACGGCAUUGCCAACUAUGCGAAGGCUUUGUAAAUGCUUGCGACGUGUGAUGGAGCAACUGCUGCAAGAAUCCACAUGCAGUAGAGCAAAGCUGCUCAGCUUUAUGGUAUGCCUCAGUGGGCCCUUAAAUGGGCCAGUCCGAAAUGGUUCCUCUAAAACUACUUACUUUUCAGAUCGCCACAUCUGCCACAUUUGUUCCACGUUGAAUUCCUCUAUUCACCAAUUACUUUGCUCAAAUUUUAAAUUUCUGGUUUUUUCUACAUACGAGUAUGUGCUCCAAACUUAGCCAUGCCUAUAAUGAAGAACCAUCUUAAUAGCUGUCUUUGAUUCGCCAAAUUUGGAAGAAUUCACUGGUAGAAAUCGCAUAGCCUAGGGAAAUCAAAUAGAAAUGAAGUAGCCAGCGGUUAUCAUGUUUUUGUAAUGUGAUAUCUAACAUACACACUUCGUGGUGUUGAUUUCAGGAAAACCUAUGGUUGCUUCCGCCAGUGUUUUUUUCGACAGAGGAGUAGAGCUCAAACUCAGCUAGCAGAAUAGUCUCGAAUCGAAAACUAAUAUUACGAAUAAACACCCUGUAGGCGCAACCUUGAACUAUCGCGCCGUCAUGACAACGGAAAAGGCCAAACAAAAGUUUUCAUUUAUUGACAUUUCCGAAGCUUUUAAGAACACAAUAUCUAUUUAUUAAAUGUGGGAACAUAAAGUAGACAAAUAUUACAUUUUCGUUUAGCAGUUUUGCGGUUGGUAUGUAUUUAUAUAUAUGCAGAGAUUAACAUAAAAUACUUCGCGAAAAAUGUGAUGGCUUCGAAGGAAUUCCAAUCAAGUUGUGUGACCUUCGAAAUUGUUGAAAUUAGUUCAUAUCCGGUGUUAAAAAUUCCAACAAGUUAAAUCAAUAAUGUCUGAAGUCAGAGAAGCCAAUUGAAUUUAAAGAGCGAUUGAAGCAGCAAACACUUCACAUAAAAAAUCGAGCAGAGGAAACCUCGAACAGGCAACGAUCUGAGCGGCUAUUGUACGAAAAGCAAAACGCCAUCAAAACAAAAAAAGAAGCGCACACGGUCGGUAGGAUGACGACAGCAGUUCCUUUGGCUCCAUUGGCACCGCUGGCAGCGCUCCCCUCAACGCGCAUGUUGAUGGGCACAGCCAGCAACAUGAGUUCAGCUUGUGCGAAUGCCACGACAGCCAUGGCGUCACUUUCAAUACAGCAGACACAUUCGCAGUCCCAGCCGGAGUUGGAGCCGCAGCUGCCGCCGACGAUAACAAUAGCCGCACUCGAGUGGCAGUAUUUCCAAGCGGUUUCACUGUUUCGGCGGCGAAAAUAUGAAAAAUGCGUUGAGGUGUGCAAUGGCAUGUUGCGCACUGGCCAUGAAACGAAUGUGCAAAUGUUUACCUCUUCGUCGGAGAGCCACGAGGCCGAUGUACAGUACAGUAGGGGAGUUGGCGGCAGCGGCAGUGGCAGCGGCAGCAUAGUCAGGAACAAUAACAACAGCAACAACCUGAAUCUCACAAGCGGCUCAAGGCAGGGGCGAAGCCUCAACCAAAACUUUAAAAGCAACAACACAAAACAUGGUAAUGCCAAUGGUAAUAACAAUAAAGUGAGCAUGCCCACGUGGAUGAUGGAGGGCGUAUGGCAAUUAAAAAUGCGCGCGCUUACCCAACGCGUCUACAUCGACGAUCUGGAGACGGACGAUGCCUUCGAGGGGGAGAAUGAGGAAGUGGAGUUGGAACGAAUCGCCACAGCCGCCCGGCCAGGUACCUCAAUUAAAACUGCAUUCAUACCACGACCAACUACAAGCACGCUGCGAGCUCACACCACAGCUGCAAAAAGAAAUGACCUACCAAUGAGUGAAGGGAGCCGCACCGCGACCACGCAGGGCAGUAAGAGCAUGAGACCCAAAUCGGGUAUGGUGCGGCCGGGGACUGCUACCUCUCGACCUGGUUCUUCAAUGGGUAGCCGUACAGCAUCACGAUGUGGUACUGCUUCGCGCAUUCGUGCUUCUUCUGCCGCCGCAUAUACGGUGGGUGAUGUUACUGCGAAACUGUACCAAGCUUCGCGCCUCAAUCCCACGAUAUACGCCGAACGAGAGGCACUUAUUAAAGCGCUUUUUCAAUUCCUCUACUAUCACGAAUCGGAUGUUCAAAAAGCAUAUUCACUUUGCGAAGCUGUCAUGGAGGUGCACAAACAAAAACGAACUUCUGGCUCCACUCGUUCAGGGGCACCAGUCGAUUGGUGGUGGGAUCAGCAAAUAGGCCGGUGUCUGCUUAUAUUACGCUCUCCACGAAAAUCGGAAACAUUUCUCGUGCAAUCAUUGGCAGUAUUUCCUCACCCCGAUACGUUUUUACUGUUAUCACGAUUAUAUCAACGUCUGGGUGAACCCGAACGUGCACUCGAACUCAUCGGUAUGGCUGUGGACCGACAUCCGUUCAAUGUCACAUUUCGCAUCGAACAGGGGCGUAUUUUUGAUGCUCUAUCCAAACCCGAUAGUGCAAUGCAAAUAUAUCGUCUCAUCACCAAGCUUAAUCCUAUAAAUGUCGAAGCGCUAGCCUCAAUUGCGUUGAAUCACUUUUACGAUGGAAAUCCUGAGAUGGCCCUUAUGUACUACAGGCGAAUUCUAGCUUUGGGAAUUCACUCGGCAGAACUCUAUUGUAAUAUUGCAUUGUGUUGCUUGUAUGGGGGACAAAUCGACUUGGUACUUCCUUGCUUUCAGCGAGCUCUGCUGCUGUCCAAGACUACCAAUGAAAAAGCGGACAUAUGGUACAACAUGAGUUUUGUCGCACUGUCAACUGGCGAUUUUCAUUUGGCUCGUCGAUGUCUUCAGCUCUGUCUAACAGCGGAUGCGUGCAGCGGCGCCGCCCUUAAUAACUUGGCUGUACUGGCAGCGCACUCUGGCGAUCUGAUGCGCGCCAAAUCGUAUCUCCAGGCAGCAAAGGAAGUGCUGAGAGACAGUCCGGAAAUCAACAGUAAUUUAAAAUACAUGCAAGCCCAUUACAAACUCUAACGUAUGAGCGUGAAAACUACAAAAGUUUCUGUAGAGGAGGCAGCGCCCUAAUCUAGCAUACAUUGAAGUUGAUAUUAAGUAUGUAUAGUAUGUAUAUUAUUUAUUUAUUCCAUCAAUUUUAUGUGUGUAAAUAAAUAAUUACAUUUUA